AUGUCUACUACACAGACAGAAUUUCGUGGAAAUUUCCCGCAAGUAAGGACGGUGGUACCAGAUACGAAUUUCUAUGAAAUCCCCAUCUCGCAGUCAACAAAGAGCGAAGGUAAUAAAGACACAACAGUAAGAAGAGGACUGAUUGCUCUGGCAAUAUUUUCAUUAAUGGUUGUUGGGCUUGUUGUUUUCGGUUUUGUGGUCAUCAUACAGCUUCAGAAUGAGAUAAAAACUAUGAAAGUCGAAAUGGCACAUCAAGGAAACCACCCAACCUUUGAAAUUUCACGCUUAAAUCAUUCCGUAGAACUUCUGCUGACGGCCAUACGAGGUUUCCCAAAGAACUGCACAACUGUAAACCGUCAAAUUGCAAAACGUCGAAACACAACCGGCGGAGUCUUUGAUAUUUAUCCUGAAUCGGAAGACAAGCCUGCCGAAGUUUACUGUGAUCUCGAAACGGAUGGAGGCGGAUGGAUUGUCUUUCAAAGACGAAUGGACGGAACGGAAGACUUCUACAGAGGAUGGAACGACUAUGUUAACGGCUUCGGAGAAAAAGAUAAAGAAAUGUGGUUAGGCUUGGAAACAAUUCAUCAACUGACUAAAACGGGAAGUUACGAACUAAGAGUCGAUUUGGGAGAUUUCAAUGGAAACAACGCUUAUGCCAAAUACGGGAUCUUCUCUAUCGCAUCUGCAAGCGAUAAAUAUCGGCUGACACUUGGAGAAUAUAAUGGGACUGCUGGAGAUCCAUUCACAUAUAAUAACAACUCACAGUUUACUACAAAAGAUUUUGAUAAUGAUCGUAAUGAUGUCGACAGUUGUGCGGUAGAUCGGAAAGGAGCUUGGUGGUACAAUUGGUGCUCAAAUACAAAUCUGAACGGCGUAUACUUCAAUUAUGGGAAAACGGAUCGCACCUCAAUCUACUGGCAUAACUGGAGGCAACUUCAAUCCUUAAAAUUCACAGAGAUGAAAUUUAGAUUGAAGACUUAA